GCAAGCGUCAGACAGAACCAGUGAGGAAGCGAGAGAACACCAGGCUGCAGGACAGAGAGAGACAGAGGGAGACAGCCGGAGCAUUAGAGUGAUAGAGCGAUAGAGUGAUAGUGAUAGCUAGAAGAUGGAGGUUCAGUCAGAAUGCCUGGAACCUCCUCCACAUCCACCUACACCUCCAUGCGACCCCCAGCCGCCAGGGAAGAUCAACAAAGCAGCCUUCAAGCUGUUCGGAAAACGAUGCUCUGGAAUGGCUGGAUUCUUCUCCUUCAGGAACAAAGGGACCAACGGGAACGGGAAUUCUGAGAACGGGAAUUCUGAGAAUGGGAAUUCUGUGAAUGGGAAUACUAUGGGGGCGGCUAACGAGCUCGUCAGGAGUAAAACGCAUGAUGGACUAACGAGCUCGGAGACAGACGGACAGAUAGGGGAGGAGUCCGGAAUAUCAGAGGCGGGACAGGUGAGGUCUCUCAGCAAAUCACUGAGCUUCUUUUCGCUGCUCAGACGAGGAAGUGUAAGAGCCAAUGAGACUACAGGGUUUGGGAGAAGGGGGAGGGGUUUAAAAGGCUUCUUCAGUAGUAUGAAAUGGCGGCGGAAGGAGAAAGUGACGGAGGUAGAGGUGGAGGUAGCGGAGGCAAGGGAGAUGAGAGAGGCGGAUGUGAUUCUAACAGAAGAAGUGAAAGACAUCACUCUGACCCUCGAACCCCAGCCCCGCCCACCCCAGGAGGAUCAUGGGAGCUCGGAGGCUGAGCAAAACACAGAAUCGGCAGGAACCUCUCCCGUCAACAACGCCACGACACCACUCACGCACUCUAUCGCCAUGACGAUAAACCUGUCAGAAUUCCCCUAUACGCCAUCCCCUUCUCCUCUCUACUCAAAACCCAAAACGUCAAUUUCCUCUGUAACAGCCACCCCCCCUCUGGAUCGGUGUGACCCCACCUCUGAACCCUCAGUGGACCGGCUCUGUUCACUCCUCUUCACUGACGUCACCUCACUCAAGAGCUUCGAUUCGCUGACGGGGUGCGGUGACAUCAUCGCAGACGCAGAUGAGGAGGGAGCAGGAAAUGGGGGAGGAGGAAAUGGAGGAGUAGGAAGUGCCACUAGCAGUAGCAGUGGGGAAGGAGGGGGAGGAGGAAUACGAAGCUCCAUUUCUACCCAUGUCACCCCUUCCACCCCCUCCCCCACCUCCGCCCCUACCCCCCUCCCUGCCAGGGCACGGCUGAUGCCCUCUCACUCUGCCCCGACUCAGCAGCCCUGUGGCAGCAGCGUGGUGGCCUACAUGGGGGGUGGGGAGGAGAUGGCCAGCCCUGAUGGGGUGGAUGACACAGACAUGCAGGGGCUCUGGCACAUGCUCCCCUCUGGGGGAGAAAACUCCCCCACCCUCCUCCGACCCAACUCUCACCUGGCUCCCCCCAGGGGUACAGAGCGGAAACCCCCCCAGGUCAAGUCUCUGGGACUCAGCAAGAUCCCUGUAGUGGGGGGAGGAAGGGUGACUAAACUCCCCACUCAUGCCGCUUGUCAAACCUCCUUGCCCAAUGUGAAGGAGACUAAGGAGGAAGUCCCGCCCCAACAGGACGUCCCGGCUCUUAGGGAUGAGGGCUACUGGGAUACGCCCUCUGCAACCCCCACAGCAACGCCUGACAACGGCUUCCUACGGAACCAGAGGCUUGGCCUAUCGUGUGACAGCUGCUCUGGCAACGUGCUCUACGACCUCUACAACGAGGAAUUGGACAGAUCUGAUGAAGAGGAUGAGGAAGAGGAUCUGACGAGUACUCCUUCCACCUCCGCUUGUGAGUACAAACUCAGACCUCUGUCCCGGACUAGUCCUCCUUUCUCUUCCUCCUCUUCCUCUUUCCACUCGAUGAAGGGAAGCACUAGCCUUCCCCACGAGUCCAAAAUCCCUCUUAGUGUCAGACAGACCACACCCCCUCACUCUGUGAGCCAAUCAGCUAUUUUCCCUGUCCUCGCAACCACUCCUCCCUUUGACACACCCACCCAUGCCCCUCCCCCAACCCGGUCCAGAAUCCCUUUCUCCAAGGUGCCAGUCCGUCGCCCUGGGAACAAGGCUGGCAACACUACACAAGGGCCAGCCCCCAGGAAGUAGCUCUGGACCAGGCAGCCAUGAACUUUGGUGUCUUUGGACUAAACUUGUGUACACCAUCACUGGUCUUAUGUGUAAGACAUUGCUGGACUGGUGGAUUGUGGAAGGCAUCAGACAAUGAUAGACACUGGAAAUAAAGUGAGAAUAGCUUUAAAACAACACUCCCAUUGGAUCCUAGUGUGUCACAAGAAAACUCAAAAAGCUUUGGGUGGCAAAAAAAGUUUGACAUAUUGUAACCACUGAACAUGUGUUCAACAUCACUGGACGUGUGUGUACAACAUCACUGGAAUUAUGUGUAUGGGACAAGAAACUUCGCAAUGCUUCAAGUGGGGGAAGGGAGGGCACCGAAAGGUUUGGGAUCCACUUUUUUAGACAACUCUCAGCGCUUCCUGACCAGAUGGAUAUGUACUUUAUGGUCACGGAAUUCAACUGCACUACACACCGCUAGGAAGGACCAGAGCACCUUUCACACCACUAGGAAGGACCAGAGCACCUUUCACACCACUAGGAAGGACCAGAGCACCUUUCACACCACUAGGAAGGACCAGAGCACCUUUCACACCACUAGGAAGGACCAGAGCACCUUUCACACCACUAGGAAGGACCAGAGCACCUUUCACACCACUAGGAAGGACCAGAGCACCUUUCACACCACUAGGAAGGACCAGAGCACCUUUUCCUUUUCUCUUCAAGUCCUUUUAUCUAAAACACAGAUUUUUAUACGAUACGACGUGUUUAAUCUAACGACGGCUUAAUCUAAUUAAACAGUUUGGAAUGUGUCAUCAUCUAAUCUGUAACUAAUUACCUCCUAAUCCCAGACUACAAUCCCAGAGUGUCAAUCCUAAAUCUGCAUAUAUAACUUUGUCAUGCCAUUUAGCAGACGCUUUUAUCCAAAGCGACUUACAGUCAUGCCGGUGGAUUCUGGUGGGAGGAGCUAUAGGAGGACAGGCUCAUUGUAAUGGCUGGAAUGGAAUAGAGUCAAACUUGUGGUUUCCAUAUGUCUGAUACCAUUCCAUUUAUGCCAUGCAUUACAAUGAGCCCAUCCUCCCACCAGUAAGUCAU